AUGGCCUGGGACAGUGUGAGUGCAGAGGGGGAAGGACCCCUCCAAGGAGUAUAUGGUCUACUUUUGAGGUUCAGACCACGUGGAGACAACGGCCAGAUGGCCAAUCACGUGCGACGGUGGACUGGGAGACUGCAGUUGUCAAAACCCACAGGUGUGGGUUUUGCGAGCCGAUCUGCCGCCCUCAGCCUGUACUAUACAAGAACCCAGACUCUGCCACUUUGGCUGCGGUGUCUUGCUGAGAACUGGAACGCUCUUUACAGAUGUCUCUGGCUCCUGGUGGAGAAUAAGCUGUAUGGGGUGAAAGGAGAAGCAGUUGGGAGGCUAGUGAUUGGGGCCAUACAGGCGAAAGAUGAUGGUGGCUUGGAUCAAAGUAUUAGCAGUGGAGAUGGUGAGAAGCAUCUGGGUUCUGGAUGUGUUUUUAACUGGUGCCUGACGGGGCUGGUUAAUGGAUUGGAGGAGGAGAGAAAGCAAGGAAUCCAGGAUGACUGUACUGAAGUAGGAAAUCUUGCUGCUGCACAAUUGGACAGCAUUGGCUUCAGCAUAAUCAGGAAAUGCAUCCACGCUGUGGAAACCAGAGGGAUCAAUGAGCAAGGGCUCUACCGAAUCGUGGGGGUCAAUUCCAGAGUGCAGAAGCUACUCAGUGUCCUGAUGGACCCCAAAACAGCUUCUGAAACAGAGACCGAUAUCUGUGAUGAAUGGGAGAUAAAGACGAUCACUAGUGCUUUGAAGACCUACCUAAGAAUGCUUCCAGGACCACUCAUGAUGUACCAGUUUCAAAGAAGUUUCAUCAAAGCAGCAAAGUUGGAAAACCAGGAGUCUCGGGUCUCUGAAAUCCACAGCCUUGUUCAUCGGCUCCCAGAGAAAAAUAGGCAGAUGUUACAGCUGCUCAUGAACCACUUGGCAAAUGUUGCUAACAACCAUAAGCAGAAUCUGAUGACAGUGGCAAACCUCGGCGUGGUGUUUGGACCCACCCUGCUGCGUCCUCAGGAAGAAACAGUAGCUGCCAUCAUGGACAUCAAGUUUCAGAACAUUGUUAUUGAGAUCCUAAUAGAAAAUCACGAAAAGAUAUUUAACACCGUGCCUGAUACACCUCUCACCAAUGCCCAGCUGCACCUGUCCCGGAAGAAGAGCAGUGACUCCAAGCCCCCUUCCUGCAGCGAGAGGCCCCUGACGCUCUUCCAUGCCAUGCAGUCAGCAGAAAAACAGGAACAAAGAAACAGCAUCAUCAACUCCAGUUUGGAAUCUGUCGUCUCAUCAAAUGCAAAUAGCAUCCUUAAUUCCAGCAGCAGCUUGCAGCCCAACAUGAACUCCAGUGACCCGGACCUGGAUGUGCUCAAACCCACCCGGCCCAACUCACUCCCCCCGAAUCCAAGCCCAACUUCACCCCUCUCGCCAUCUUGGCCCAUGUUCUCGGCGCCAUCCAGCCCUAUGCCCACCUCAUCCACGUCCAGCGACUCAUCCCCCAUCAGCACACCGUUCCGGAAGGCAAAAGCCUUAUAUGCCUGCAAAGCUGAACAUGACUCAGAACUCUCGUUCACAGCAGGCACGGUCUUCGACAAUGUUCAUCCAUCUCAGGAGCCUGGCUGGUUGGAGGGGACUCUCAACGGGAAGACUGGCCUCAUACCUGAGAACUACGUGGAGUUCCUCUAACCGUGGGCCCCAGCAGACCUGCUGAGCUUUCCAUGGUAUCCAUGACAACUGCUGAUGCCAGUGUUGUAGGCCAUUUCUCUUUGCCACUGAGAAAUGCGGGGUGAUUGACUCUGUUACCACCUGCCAACACAAAUGUUUCUGUGAACUCUGGUGUCACCCAUCCCCAUGAUCAUGUCAACUGGCAUGUGGUGAUACAGCAAGGAACAGAAGUAAAUCAGCAGUGGAGGCCAUUUGAUUUUGAUAACUGAGGGAAGGGCUUGCAAAGCCAUUCCUCUCAUUUAGUGCCCUAAAUAGGGAGCAUUCAUUUUGUUUCAACAGUCAUCCAAACCCCUAACCUUCCAAAAAAGGAAGUAAGAAAGAUAUAAGUAGUCCUCAAGAGCAUGCAGUGAAGCUAAGUCUAACAGGGCUGGGCAUUGGCUCUGAGGCCCAGGCUGGGCCCGUUGCUUCUGUUUACAGUAGACACUCUCUCUACCCCACCUCUAAAUACUUGAGACCCACAGUGCUACAGGCAGCUGUGUCUGUCUGUUUGCAUGCAGGAGGGAGAUGGUUUACGGCACUGUUUACAUAAGAUGCAAUCUCUCGCCAUCUCCAAGCAGCCUUGGCCAAGCAUCAGCAGAAUUCAGCUCAGUCCUCCCGUGCAAGGGAACACACACACCCCACAUUACCCCUCCCAAGCUAGGAACUUUUCUGCCACCCAGGGCUGCCAUCACCUCGUAACCACGGCAACCCAACCUACUCUGAAGCCAAACCAAAAAAACAGCACUCUUUUUGCAUGACAUAUUUUUUCUCCCUCCUUUUUGGCCAUUUUUGAAUGAUUUUCCAACAACCUGAAGCAGAAGAUCAAGGAAUUAGAGUGGUCUGCUUGGGGCUGACAGAAUAGCGGCUGGGAACUCUUCCCUUUCUGAUGAAUUUCAGCAGCAUCAGGAUAUAUUUGGAGCAAACUCUAGUAACCUCUUGAGAUUAAAUUACAUACAGGCUUA